AAAACACGAGGGCAGGAAGACGAGAGCGAGCGAGCGAGCGAGCGAUAGAAAUACGAGCGAGCCGCGGGAGGGGGGGAAGGAGGAGAUAGAUAAGCCGCGCCCCCGAAGCCCUGCCCUAACCCUAACUCCCCCGGCCGCCGCCGCCGCCGCCGCCGUUGCAUCGCCGGAGGGUGCGUCGCGUCGAGAUCCGUACGGCCGCUUCCGCCCCCCCUGUGCUGAGGGCGCCCCGAACGCGGCGGCCGCCCGCGCGCCUAGGGUGCGGCUGACUCGGUCUAUUUGAUCCGGCGUCCUGCCACUGCAAGCAAGCAAUGGCUGUUGUCAAUCCUGUUAUGUAUGACGAUGAUGACGACGCCCCUCUUUCCUUCAAGAGGUCAAGCGCCUCUGUGAAGAACAGGCCUGCCCCCUCGAAGCAGGAGGGCUCUUCGGGAAAUGCCGCAUCUGUUAGGAGCCCUAAAGCUGUGCCCUUGAAUCCGCAGAGGAAUGGGAUGAAUGGCGCUUUGAGUUCGCCCCAGCCACCGAGGCCACAGUCGACUAGUUCAAACCCUCGGCCUCCUGGGUCUUCUCCGCCGAACAGUUCCGCAGAACGUAGUCAAAAGAUUAAUGCGGUGGAUCAGAGUAAGCUGAAAAGACCCCAUGUGGAAGUUGGCAACUCAGAUGAUUCGGAUGAUGAGAAACCACUUGUGUUUAGAAAAAAGAUCGAUGACAUGAAAUUGAAGAAAGUUGAGACAGGAAGUAAGAAGGCAGAUGAUUCAGAUGAUGAUCAUAAGCCACUGUCUCUGAAGAUCAACUCAGCAAAAGUGGCUUCGAAUAGCGCAAAUAAGGCAGUUUUGUUGAAGACUGCACCUAAAACUGAGCAACCUGAUGAUGAUUCAGAGGAUGAGAAACCACUGGCCAGCAGGUUACCCAACAAUGCUGCUUCAAAACGCAGAGUCAACGUCUCUGAUGAUUCAGAAGAUGAGAAGCCAUUGUCUGCCCGAUUUUCAAGACUUAAUGCAGGUGCAUCUGCGAGUGUCUCAAACUCAAAGGACAAGCUCCUGUCUAACAACAAGGGGCCAAAUAAUAAUUCGAGUGCUCCUCGAAAUUCAGUUAAAAGGCCAAGUGAUGACAGUAAUCAAACAAGCUCUGCUCCUAAGAAGGCCAAGCCUUCAGAUACUAAUGCCUCUGCAAGUGUCAAAAGAGAAUCCAAGGCUGACGAGGUACGAAGACCGACAAUGGGCGAGUCUUCGAAAAGCAAGCCACCUGCAAAGAAUAUAGUAAAGAAGAGUCCUUUAUCUUUUAAGAAGGACAACAAUAAAAAUAAAAAUAAGAAACCAAUGAAAAGUUCCCAGUUCUCAAAGUCAUUAAGGGUCCCUCCAGGAUCUGGUGGUGGAAAGAAAUGGUCUACUUUGGAGCACAAUGGUGUUAUUUUCCCCCCUCCAUACAGUCCUCAUGGUGUCAAAAUGCUUUACAAUGGACAACCUGUUGAGCUAACUCCAGCACAGGAGGAGGUGGCAACCAUGUUUGCUGUGAUGAAAGACACAGAGUACGCAACAAAGAAAACAUUUAUCGACAACUUUUUUGGUGACUGGAGAAAAAUUCUUGGUAAAAACCAUGUCAUCAAGAAAUUUGAGCUCUGUGAUUUCACCCCGAUCUAUGAAUGGCACCUCCGGGAGAAGGAGAAGAAAAAACAGAUGACAUCGGAGGAGAAGAAAGCAUUGCGGGAAGAGAAAUUGAAACAGGAGGAGAAGUUCAUGUGGGCAGUAGUCGAUGGCACUAGAGAAAAGGUUGGCAAUUUCAGAGUAGAACCACCGGGCUUGUUCAGGGGACGGGGAGAGCAUCCAAAGAUGGGAAAACUGAAGCGACGUAUAUUACCAAGUGAUAUUACAAUAAACAUUGGAAGUGGAACUCCAGUCCCAGAGUGUCCAAUGGAAGGACAAAGCUGGAAAGAAGUCAAACAUGACAAUACUGUUACAUGGUUGGCCUUUUGGAAUGAUCCGAUCAGCCAAAAAGAUUUCAAGUACGUUUUCCUGGCAGCAAGUAGCUCACUAAAGGGACAAAGUGACAAGGAGAAAUACGAAAAGUCUCGAAAAUUGAAGGAUCACAUAAACAAAAUACGUGUAAAUUACACAAAGGAUUUCAAGUGCAAAGAUACUGCAAAGAAGCAAAUUGCAGUGGCAACAUAUCUUAUAGAUAAACUAGCCCUUAGGGCUGGUAAUGAAAAGGAUGACGAUGAGGCUGAUACUGUCGGUUGUUGUACACUGAAGGUUGAUAAUGUUACUUGUGAGCCUCCAAAUAAGCUUCAGUUCGACUUCCUUGGUAAGGAUUCUAUAAGAUACUUCAACACUGUAGAGGUUGAAUUACCUGUAUACAAGGCAAUCGAGGAAUUCCGAGCUGGUAAAAAGUCAGGAGAUUCUGUCUUCGACAAACUUGAUACAACGAAAUUAAAUGCUCAUCUGAAGGACUUAAUGCCUGGCCUUACUGCAAAAGUUUUCCGUACAUAUAAUGCUUCCAUCACCUUGGAUGCUAUCUUGCAUCAAGAAACAGAAGAGGGAAAAACCCUUCUUGAGAAGAUUGCUGUAUAUCAACGAGCAAACAAAGAGGUUGCUAUAAUUUGUAACCAUCAGCGUGCUGUCUCAAAAUCGCAUGAUUCCCAGAUGACUAAGUUGAAUGAGAAGAUUGAUGAAUUAGUGGCCCAGAGAGAUGAAUUGAAAGAAGACUUGGUCAAAGUGAAGAGAGGAAAGCCUCUAGGCAAAGGUGCAGACGGGAAGCCAAAGAGGAAUUUGGCACCUGAAGCGAUCGAGAAGAAGAUCUCUCAGAUAGAAACCAAGAUAGAGAAAAUGGAGAUGGAAAAGAAGACAAAAGAGGAUUUGAAGACAGUAGCACUAGGGACAUCAAAAAUCAACUACCUUGAUCCUAGAAUUACUGUGGCAUGGUGCAAAACCCAUGAAGUCCCAAUCGAGAAGAUUUUCAGCAAGACGAUUUGCGCAAAGUUUGGAUGGGCAAUGGACGUGGAACCUGACUUCAGAUUCUAAGAGCAUUGCCUUCCGGGUCGGCCAGCAGCCACUGUCAAAUCCGAUCCAACUUCCAGCCCUUCUCCCGGAAACUAACUGCAGCUAGUAGGAAAGUAAGAGCUCGGUGUUUUUUUUUUCAAGUCUCUGCUCCUGGAAAGAAGGCAGCACCCCGCAUUCUCUUUGUAGGCCUUUUUUUUUUCAUCUUCUCGUGUACUUGCCAUCGUCCGAUUGCCUUAAGUUCAGUUUGCAUUUGGGCUGAGGAAUUUUAGUUCGUCAAGAACUGAUGGACAUUCAUUUUAUACCGGAUUAAUCUGAAAUAUAGAUGGACCUGUUGAGUGAUGGUCGCUGGUGUGCCGUGCCAUGUCAAGGAACCAAACUGUCUUGCUGUGUAUGUAGUUGAGAACUGGUAGCAGUGAAUAGUAAUGGAAGCAGUGCAUGCUGAGGUCUGAGUUUUGACUUUUA